CAGAGGAGCACUUAGCAGCUUAUUCAGUGUCCGAUUCGGAUUCCGGCAAGGAUCCAAGCAUGGAAUGCUGCCGUCGGGCAACUCCUGGCACACCGUUCCUCUUUCUGGCUUUCCUGCUCCUGAGCUCCAGGACGGCGCGCUCCGAGGAGGACCGGGACGGCCUGUGGGACGCCUGGGGCCCGUGGAGUGAAUGCUCGCGCACCUGCGGCGGGGGCGCCUCCUACUCCCUCAGGCGCUGCCUCAGCAGCAAGAGCUGUGAAGGAAGAAAUAUCCGAUAUAGAACAUGCAGUAAUGUGGACUGCCCACCAGAAGCAGGUGACUUCCGAGCUCAGCAGUGUUCAGCACAUAAUGAUGUCAAGCACCAUGGCCAGUUCUAUGAAUGGCUUCCUGUGUCUAAUGACCCUGACAACCCAUGUUCUCUCAAGUGCCAAGCCAAAGGAAUAGCCCUGGUUGUUGAACUAGCACCUAAGGUCUUGGAUGGUACUCGUUGCUACACAGAAUCUUUGGAUAUGUGCAUCAGUGGUUUAUGCCAAAUUGUUGGCUGUGAUCACCAGCUGGGAAGCACUGUCAAAGAAGAUAACUGUGGAGUCUGCAACGGAGAUGGGUCCACCUGCCGGCUGGUCCGAGGGCAGUAUAAAUCCCAGCUUUCUGCAACGAAAUUGGAUGAUAAUGUGGUUGCUAUUCCCUAUGGAAGUAGACAUGUUCGCCUUGUCUUAAAAGGACCUGAUCACUUAUAUCUGGAAACAAAAACCCUCCAGGGGGCUAAAGGUGAAAACAGCCUCAGCUCCACAGGCACCUUUCUUGUGGGUAAUUCCAGUGUGGACUUCCAGAAAUUUCCAGACAAAGAGGUACUGAGAAUGGCUGGACCACUCACGGCAGAUUUCAUUGUCAAGAUCCGUAACGUGGGGCCUACUGACAGUACCGUCCAGUUCAUCUUCUAUCAGCCUAUCAUUCAUCGAUGGAGGGAGACGGAUUUCUUUCCUUGUUCAGCAACCUGUGGAGGAGGUUACCAGCUGACAUCCGCUGAGUGUUACGAUCUGCGGAGCAACCGUGUGGUUGCUGAUCAGUACUGUCACUAUUACCCAGAGAAUGUCAAACCCAAGCCCAAACUUCAGGAGUGCAACUUGGAUCCUUGUCCGGCCAGUGACGGAUACAAGCAGAUCAUGCCUUAUGACCUCUACCAUCCCCUUCCUCGGUGGGAGGCCACCCCGUGGACCGCGUGCUCCUCCUCGUGUGGGGGGGGCGUCCAGAGCCGGGCAGUUUCCUGUGUGGAGGAGGACAUCCAGGGGCAUGUCACUUCAGUGGAAGAGUGGAAAUGCAUGUACACCCCUAAGAUGCCCAUCGUGCAACCCUGCAACAUUUUUGACUGUCCUAAAUGGCUGGCACAGGAGUGGUCUCCGUGCACAGUGACAUGUGGCCAGGGCCUCAGGUACCGUGUGGUCCUCUGCAUCGACCAUCGAGGAGUGCACACAGGAGGCUGUAGUUCCAAAACAAAGCCCCACAUCAAAGAGGAAUGCAUCAUACCCACUCCCUGCUAUAAACCCAAAGAGAAACUUCCUGUAGAGGCCAAGCUUCCAUGGUACAAACAAGCUCAAGAACUGGAAGAAGGAGCUGUUGUGUCAGAAGAGCCUUCGUUCAUCCCAGAGGCCUGGUCGGCCUGCACGGUUACCUGUGGCAUGGGAACCCAGGUGCGAAUAGUCAGGUGCCAGGUGCUCCUGUCUUUCUCCCAGUCCGUGGCAGAUCUGCCUGUUGACGAAUGCGAAGGGCCUAAGCCGGCGUCCCAGCGUGCCUGUUACGCAGGACCGUGCAAUGGGGAAAUUCCUGAGUUAAACCCGGAAGAGGCAGAUGGUCUCCUCGGCGGCCUGCAGGACUUUGACGAGCUGUACGACUGGGAGUACGAGGGCUUCACCAAGUGCUCCGAAUCAUGUGGAGGAGGUGUCCAGGAGGCUGUGGUGAGCUGCCUGAACAAACAGACACGGGAGCCUGCUGAUGAGAGCCUGUGUGUGACCAGCCGCCGGCCCCCACAGCUCCUCAAAUCCUGCAGUUUGGAUCCCUGCCCAGCAAGAUGGGAGAUUGGCAAGUGGAGUGCGUGUAGUGCAACCUGUGGGGUUGGCCUGCAGUCCAGAGACAUCUUCUGCUCCCACCUGCUUUCCAGAGAGAUGAAUGAAACUGUAAUCCUGGCUGAUGAAUUGUGUCACCAGCCCAAGCCCAGCACAGUGCAAGCUUGUAAUCGCUUCAACUGCCCUCCAGCCUGGUACCCUGCACAAUGGCAGCCGUGUUCUAGAACCUGUGGAGGGGGCAUUCAGAAACGUGAGGUUCUUUGCAAACAACGCAUGGCUGAUGGCAGCUUCCUGGAGCUCCUUGAGACCUUUUGUUCAGCCCCAAAACUGGUCUCCCAGCAGGCGUGCAAGAAAGAUGACUGUCCUAGCGAGUGGCUUCUCUCUGGCUGGACAGAGUGUUCCACGAGCUGUGGCGAGGGCACUCAGACUCGAAGCGCCAUUUGCCGGAAGGUGCUGAAAACCGGGCUUUCAACUAUUGUCAAUUCCACCCUGUGCCCACCCCUGCCUUUCUCGUCCUCAAUCAGACCUUGUAUGCUGGCAUCCUGUGCAGGGCCUGGGCGGCUGUCCACGAAACACAAUCCGCACAUUGCAGCCAUAAGGAAGAUAUACAUCCAGACCCGCCCGCAGAGGAAGCUGCACUUUGUAGUGGGGGGAUUUGCAUACUUGCUUCCCAAGACCUCCGUGUUGCUCCGGUGUCCCACGCGGAGGUUCCGCAAGCCCCUCAUCACCUGGGAAAAAGACGGCCAACACCUUAUCAGCUCGGCUCACGUCACGGUGGCCCCUUUUGGCUACCUAAAGAUCCAUCGCCUCAAGCCGUCUGACGCAGGCAUCUACUCCUGUUCUGCAGGCCCGAUCCGGGAACAAUUUGUGAUUAAGCUUAUUGGAGGCAACCAGAAGCUUAGGCCCUUGAGCCUGAGAAGUGAGGAAGAAGCCGUCACAGUAAGGAAACUCAGCUCAAACGAGGCCCUGCAGGCCCACAAACACCAGAAUGGAAUCUUUUCUAAUGGCAGCAAGGCUGAGAAGCGGGGUCUCACUCUUGACCCAGGGAGCCGCUAUGAUGACAUUGUCUCACGGCUGCUGGAGCAGGGGGGCUGGCCUGGAGAGCUCAUUGCCUCGUGGGAGGUCCAGGAUUCCACCGAAAGGAACACAUCCUCAGAAGAGGAUCAGAAUGCUGAGCAGGCCCUUCUGCACCUUCCCUUCACCAUGGUGACUGAGCAAAAGCGCCUGGACGACAUCCUCAGGAACCUCUCCCAGCAGCCCGAGGAGCUUCGCGACAUCUACAGCAAGCAUCUGGUGGCCCAGCUGGCCCAGGAGAUCUUCCGCAGCCACCUGGAGCCCCAGGAGGACGAACUGCUCAAGCCCUCCGAGCGCAGAAUCUCCCCUGUGGCGAUCUCUCCUCACAAACACGUGUCUGGCUUCAGCAGCUCCCUCCGAACUACCUCCUCCGGGGAGGCCAGAGGCAGCUCUCACCGGCCACACCGCAAGCCUGCCAUCUUGCGGAAGAUCUCAGCUGCCCAGCAACUCUCAGCCUCUGAGGUGGUCACCCACCUCGGACAGACUGUGGCCCUGGCCAGUGGGACACUGAGUGUGCUUCUGCACUGUGAGGCCGUAGGCAACCCAAGGCCCACCAUCAGCUGGGUCAGGAAUGGAGAAGAGGUUCAGUUCAAUGACAGGAUUCUCCUACAGCCAGAUGAUUCCUUACAGAUCCUGGCCCCAGUGGAAGCUGAUGUGGGUUUCUACACUUGCAAUGCCACAAAUGCCCUAGGACACGACUCUGUCUCCAUUGCUGUCACAUUAGCAGGAAAGCCUCUGGUGAAAACGUCACGAUCAACUGUGAUCAACACAGAGGAACCUGCAAUCACUGUUGAUAUAGGAAGCACCAUCAAAACAGUGAGGGGGGUGAAUGUGACAAUCAACUGCCAAGUUGCAGGUGUGCCUGAAGCUGAAGUCACUUGGUUCAGGAACAAAAGCAACCCAGCCUCCCCUCACCAUCUGCAUGAGGGCUCCUUGCUGCUCACAAAUGUGUCCUCCUCAGACCAGGGCCUGUACUCCUGCCGGGCAGCCAAUCUUCACGGAGAACUGACUGAGAACAGCCAGCUGCUGAUCCUGGAUCCCCCCCAAGUCCCCACGCAGUUGGAAGACAUCAGGGCCUUGCUUUCAGCCACUGGACCAAACCUUCCUUCAGUGCUGACAUCUCCUCUGGGAACGCAGCUGGUCCUCGAUCCUGGGAAUUCCGCUCUCCUCAGCUGUCCCAUAAAAGGUCACCCUGCCCCCAAUAUCACCUGGUUCCAUGAUGGUCAGCCAAUUGCCACUGCCACAGGACUGACGCAUCGUAUCCUGGCUGCUGGACAGAUUCUGCAGGUUGCGAAUCUUAGUGGCGGGUCUCAGGGGGAAUUCAGCUGUCUUGCUCAGAACGAGGCAGGCAUGCUGGUGCAGAAGGCAUCCCUGGUGAUCCAAGAUUACUGGUGGUCCGUGGACACACUUGUGACCUGCUCGGCCUCCUGCGGUCACAGGGGGGUGCAGCAGCCCCGCCUGAGGUGUCUACUGAACAACACAGAAGUGAGCCCCACUCACUGUGCCGGGAAGGCUCGCCCUGCCGUGCAGCCCGUCGCCUGCAACCGCAGAGACUGCCCUUCUCGGUGGAUGGUGACUUCCUGGUCUGCCUGUACCCGGAGCUGUGGGGGAGGCGUCCAGACCCGCCGGGUGACCUGUCAGAAGCUGAAAGCCUCUGGGGUCUCCACUCCCGUGUCCAAUGACAUGUGCACCCUGUUCGCCAAACGGCCUGUGGACACCCAGGCCUGUAACCAACAGCUCUGUGUGGAGUGGGCCUUUUCCAGCUGGGGCCAGUGCAAUGGGCCUUGCAUCGGACCUCACUUAGCUGUGCAACACAGGCAGGUUUUCUGCCAGACACGGGAUGGCAUCACCUUACCAUUGGAGCAGUGCAGCACCCUUCCAAGGCCCGUGAGCACCCAGAACUGCUGGUCAGAGGUCUGCAGCGUACACUGGAGGGUCAGCCUGUGGACCCUGUGCACGGCAACCUGCGGCAACUACGGCUUCCAGUCCCGCCGUGUGGAGUGUGUGCACGCCCGCACCAGCAAGGCCGUGCCUGAGCACCUGUGCUCCUGGGGGCCCCGGCCUGCCAACUGGCAGCGCUGCAACAUCACUCCAUGUGAAAACAUGGAGUGCAGAGACACUACCAGGUACUGCGAGAAGGUGAAACAGCUGAAGCUCUGCCAACUCAGCCAGUUCAAAUCUCGCUGCUGUGGAACUUGUGGCAAAGUGUGAAGACAGGGUAACGGGGAAGUCGUCUAUCCUGGCCACACGAGGACUCAUGCAUCCACCUUGGACAGAACUGAAGCUUUCUUUAUUUAUUUAUUUCCCCCUCCCCACCCCCACCUUCCACACACACCUUCCAUCUCCACUCCCAGUCACAAGGACUUCGGCAAGUUUUCUGAAAGCUGUAGGACAGAAUGUUGGGAAAGAGAAGGAUGGAGGUCAAAAGGAGGUGGCAGACCCAAACCUGGGUCCCAAAGAGACUUAGGAAGCAGUAGGCUAAGCCCCAGGGAAUCAGAGCCAGCAGUAGAGACAGGCAGACAGGGAGGGGGCUGAAGGCGGAGGGUUUGUGAGGUAUUGGUAGACAUGUUGGACAACCAGCUGUGUCUUUCCCGGAGUGUGCUGCUCCUUUGUCUCCUCCUCUGCCCUUUCAGUCAUGGGGAGGCCCCUGUGCUGGGGCAGAGACCAGCUCAGAAUUCAGUUCUUCUGGUGGGGCCAACAUGGAGAUGUAGGGGUGGAGACAACUGAAGUAGGCCUGAAGCACACCAUGAUGCAGAAAACCAAGUAAGGAGAGAAGGGGGCAGAAGCAGAACAGAAACCUGUGUGGGGUCACCAGUGAGAAAGUAGAGGCAGACAGGACAGAAGUGAGCCCGCAGGAGGGGCCUCAGGCAGCCUCAAGAAUCUUGGGUGACAGGCUCCAAAGCCCCCAGGGCUGGGGCAUGCCCAGAGCCCACUCCCUGUGCUGCCUGUGUGAAUUUUCUGCCCACUCACUUGCCACAAAGCCAGCACCAAGGUCCAGCUAUGACUGGAAGUAAGGGCCUGGCAUCUAUCUAAAUCAGGAAUUCCCCAGCCCUGAACUAACUGCUGCUCUGGGCAAAAGGCAUUUUGAACAUGAGUAAGCCAGGCUUUCUACCUCCAACAUCUUUGCUGGGGAUAGGGGUCAGUUUGUCAAAAGUCAGUCCAUUAACACAUCCAUUUGCCAAAGCACCCCUCGGGCUGCAGCAACCCCUUCAUUCCAGAGCUGGGCAGAGCAGGGGGGACAGUGGGCCCCACCAUCCCUGGCACCUGGGGCUCCUCCCAAGCACAGCACGAGCGCUGGCUGUGGGUGUGUACCCCGUACCCCAGGUUGGGCCCAGGGGAACGGGAGCUGUAGCAAAGGUGAAGAAAAACAAAUUCUUCCAAAACAGUCUUCAAAUGCUUUUUAACCCACCCCACACACAAUAAAUUGCUAUAAACGUGAUAUAAUUAAUAUGCAUCAGUUUUUGUUGAUCCACUAAUUCAGCAGACAAAGCAGCAUACACGCUUCAUUCACCAAGACUAACAAUAUUGGAUGAUUUGGCAAAUAGUUCAUUCAGCCAAGCAGCUUUGGGCCUUCCCCAAAGUGCCCACAGUUUACUAGCCAAGUUGGGAAAGGGCAGCCGGAGUCACUCACCCCGAAGAUAAUCCACCCCCUCACAUCCACACGCCCCCAAAGCCACCACUGACAUCAAGGCUGUAUUUUUCAGCCAGCAUAGAAGUAAAUUUGGGGGUGGGAGGGAGACAAUAGUGAGCUGUGAAGUUAGGGUGUGUGUGUCUCUCUGUUCCUCCCCACAAAAAUGGGCUCCAAGAAAUCACGUUACUAAAAAUUAGUGUAAUGUUUAUUUAAAAUAAAAGAGAAUGUUUUCUAUGUAUAUCUUUUGUGAAUAUUUAUUAGGAUUUCUUGUAUAAAAAGUGCAAUAUUAUUAAUUGUACAGUGUCAUCCAGAAAAAAAAAAUAUUGGGGGGACUUUGUAUUAACUUCCUGCAGUUAUGGUUCCUGUAAACUCAAUGGUGAUUAUUGUAUUUUUUCCCUAUUUUAAAUAGAACCUGGUGUUUAACUUUGGAUCUAUUCACUGUAUACAGAAUAUAUUUGUAAAAGCUAAUGUGGGAUGAUGGGGCAAUGAGAGUGAAUUAAUUCAUCAUAUAAUAGUUAUGCAUGGAAUGAAGGUGACAAAUUCCAUACUACUACUAAUGCGGUUGAUUAUUUCUAGUUCAAUAGCUAUUGAAAAGCAGUGGACAAUAUUUACAUUUCUUAAAUAUCAGGCAGCCUCCAGCUAGGCCACCUGUCAGGUUGGAGCAGGUGGAAGCGAGUUUCCAUACGGGCUAGAGAACCUCGGUUUGGGGAGAAAGCAGUGUGCUCCUUGCAUGAGAUGAAUGUCAUUUAAUGUUUGUUCUGUGAAUUGUGACUCAGCAGCACCACAAGAUUUUUAGGGUUGCUGACUAAUGUGGAAGGAGGCACUUCCUCCUCUAAAACACAAACCUGUAUUUAUAUUUUUUGUAAAAUAAUACAGCUUAUUUAUUUAAA